UAACAAGUUUGGAUCUGCUUGCUCCAUGUUUCUCGCCACCUGAUGUUCGUUGACGCUGUUGAUGAUCGCCAGUUUAUUUCUAAUAAUUGUAUUUUAGUUGAACAUUAUUCCGAGAAAAUCCAUGUAACAAUGUAAAAAAAUUCAACACAGUGAGAAUCGUCAUCAAUAAAUACUGCAAUCACGAUAAAUUGUAUAAAACAUAGUUAACCUACAAAAUGCCCGGUAAAGGCGCGAUGAAAUCAAAGAAGGGGGCGAAUGGUUACAAAUUACCCGAUCCAAUACCUGUCGGAGAAGUUUUAACGGAUAUGUUAAAAAAGUCAUGGAUCAUCGGGCCUUCUAUUGGUGUUGGUGGCUUUGGAGAAAUCUACUCGGCUGCACCUUACACUGGCGGUGUUCCAAAAGAUUAUCCAAAUGUUAUCAAGAUUGAACCUCAUGGAAAUGGACCAUUGUUUGUUGAAAUGCAUUUUUAUAUGCGGAGUGCCAAGGAGAAUGACAUCGUAUUAUGGAAGAAACAGAAUAAACUUUCGUUUCUUGGAAUGCCAACCUUCAUAAGCUCUGGAAGUCACGACUGUCAUGAUACCAAAUACCGAUUUGUGGUGAUGGAACGUUUUGGAAAAAACUUGUGGGAUAUAUUUCUGGAAAAUAAUCGCAAGUUUCAACCACACUCUGUUUAUAAGAUUGCUUUACAAAUUAUCGACGUCUUGGAGUAUUUACACUACAAGACAUACGUCCAUGCCGAUAUAAAGGGGGCAAAUUUGCUGCAAAGCCUGAAGUCCCCGGAUCAAAUUUAUCUAGUAGAUUUUGGCCUAGCGUACCAUAUUAAUUCACAGACUGAGUAUAAGCCAAAUCCAAAAAAAGCUCAUAAUGGCACAAUUGAAUAUACAAGUAGAGACAUGCAUAUGGGAGUUCCAACAAUGCGAGGCGAUUUUGAAAUCUUGUCAUACAACAUGAUACAAUGGAUCUGCGGUUCAUUGCCGUGGGAAAAAAAUUUAACGAAUCCAUCAGCGGUGCAGAAACAAAAACAGAGCGCCUUUCAAGACCUGCCCAAAUUUUUGAAGGAAUGUUUUUCCUCAGUUGUGCCGGAGCCGAUUAAUAAGUUUAUGACAUUGUUGAAAAAUAUGGAAUACAACGAUACACCGAACUAUCAAAAAUUUAAAGACAUUCUAGUAAAAGGGUUAAAAGACAUGGGUCAUAAACCAAAUGGGAAAUUGAAUUUGGCCGCGAGCGACAAGACUGCAAAAUCAGCAACAACCCCUCAAGCCGGUAAAGCCAAAAAGGUAAUGGCAGAAGGAACCAGGAAGAGCCGUCGUCUUCUAGAACUCCUAAGUCCGAAUCGUUCACUCAAUUCUACUAAUGACAGCGAUCUUGGUUCCCCGAUGAACCAGAAGAAGAGUAACCGAGCUCAGGAUAACCCGAGAAUCCUUAAGAACAUCCCAUUCACGGAUGACCCGGAUUCUGAAGUUGAAGAAAAGCAAACAAAGAAAACUAGAAAUAAAAAUAACAAAGAUGCUGACGUAAAGGUAGCUAGCAAAGAUAAGAAAGUGUUGAAGAAAAAAACCAAACACUAUGAUCCUGAUGAAACGAUGUCCGACGAUCAAUCACAGGUCUCAUUGCUGGGAACCAAAUCACGACCCAAAAAUGAUUUGAAGCGGAAGCAAGCAACGGUCGAACUGGAAAGCUCCAUAGAUGAAAAUAAUGACAGUACCAAAGACAUGUUCACUGACGACGACGAACCCGCCCAACCUACACCGCCGAAAAGAACUUCAAAAUGGCAGGAAUGUUCUACAAUAAAGAACAGCAGAGUCUUCAAACCUGGAGAGUAUAAACGCGAGAACCAGAACAAAAUCCAAAAGGCAAAGAAAAGGUAAUUUGUAUCGAAGGUGAAUUUCACUUUUUGAUAAUGUACGAAUUUGUUAACUGAUUAAUCUGCAUGCUAUGUAAUAUGCAACUAAAGUUUGUCUAGUUGGUUCUAAUCGUUGGUGAUUAUCUUCUAUGAAGGUAAUAAAUUAAAUGUUGGAGCAUGAAUGAACGCAAACUACCACUAUUAAAAAACGGUCUUAACCAUUUUUUUAAACUAAGAAAAAGAAAAUACAAACUGCUGGUGGUCUAAUUCAAUGUAUAAAUUAAAUAACGAAUGUGGUUCAACAAUCAGAAUAUCUCUGAUUUCAAUAAAUUGUAAUAACACUGAUUAUGAAUAAUAAACAUUUUAUAUUUCGCCAAA